AUGACAAGGCGGGUGCCCCUCCUCAAAAUGAGGAAGUUCCCGUUCCAGAAGUUCUCGCUAAGACAGAAGAGCAUGAAAAAGAUCCCUAUCUUCUGAAAGACGCAGCUUACAUCAAGAGCGACCCCAACUGGAGGAAUAAACAGCGCACCUUGCUUUUCUCAACACGAGGGAUCAGCGGGCAACACCGUCAUUUGAUGGAGGACUUGAAGUUAAGACCUAGUACCUAUCGUUAUCGACGUAGUAAGAAUACAUUUGAUGGAUGAUUUGAAGUUAAGACCUAGACGUAGUAGCUGUAACAUGUGUAUUCACUUCGACGUAAUACCUGUAACAUAUGUAUGACGUAGUACCUGUAACAUAUGUAUUGUUCUGAAGAUUAAUAGACUCCUAUGGAGAGAUUCUGAAGAUUGAUACAUUCCUAUGGGAAAAUUCACGAACAAGAGAUGCAGCCUAUCGUUAUCGACGUAGUAACAGGUGAAUGGAUUCAUCUGAAGUAGUUACACGGUGACUGAGUCUGAGUAGAAUAAUUCCUCUCGAGAUUAUUUUCCCUUCUCAACUACAUUCUCCCUUCUCAACAUUUUCCUGCCCUGUGGAACAGGGGCUUAUCUUAUCCGUAUUAUGUUCCAUAAAAUAAUUAACUCACCUCUCAACUACAUUCUCCCUUCUCAACAUCACCUCCUCUAAUCAGAAAGAUGAUGCCGCAUCACAAGCUGGAGUCGAAAUUUGAGAAGAGGGAAGAUUUUUCAGUAGUAAACGAAGUCGCGGAACUGAAGAGCUGCAACAACGUCUUGUUUUUCGAAGCACGUGGAAAAAGACAGGAUUUGUAUUUUAUGAAAACUUGAUAUGUUUUUCCUGAUAUUCCAGAUUUGUGACAGUGGCAGUCUGCACUGAAAUCUGUGCGAGAUUCAUUGCAUUCUAUUGCAUCUAUCCUAUAUUAUUCCUCCAUUAUCCUACCCUACUGCUCCCUUUCUUCACAGACAUGAUCUUAUUUCGGAUCUUUCCCCCCUUCAUAUUUUUGCACGUCGCUCCCGUACUAGUAUUUGAAUACGUAUAUCUAUCCUAUAUGAGUGAGGAGUUGAGCGAAGAGAAGUAAAACGAAACAGUAAAGAAGUCCGAUAACAAAAAGCACAAAAUUAGAAUCAGACUGGGGCGCGAUUCUGUCUAAGAUUCUGACUAUAUUCCUAUAUCCUACCCUACCUCCUUGCCUCACAGAUAUAUUCCUCUAUUAUCCGACCCUAAACUGCUCCCUUUCUUCAACACAGAUAUAUUUUUCUUUAUUUUCCUACCCUAAACUGCUCCCUUUCUUCAACACAGAUAUAUUUUUCUUUAUUUUCCUACCUUAAACUGCUCCCUUUCUUCAACACAGAUAUAUUUUUCUUUAUUUUCCUACCCUAAACUGCUCCCUUUCUUCAACACAGAUAUAUUUUUCUUUAUUUUCCUACCCUAAACUGCUCCCUUUCUUCAACACAGAUAUAUUUUUCUUUAUUUUCCUACCUUAAACUGCUCCCUUUCUUCAACACAGAUAUAUUUUUCUUUAUUUUCCUACCCUAAACUGCUCCCUUUCUUCAACACAGAUAUAUUUUUCUUUAUUUUCCUACCCUAAACUGCUCCCUUUCUUCAACACAGAUAUAUUUUUCUUUAUUUUCCUACCCUAAACUGCUCCCUUUCUUCAACACAGAUAUAUUUUUCUUUAUUUUCCUACCCUAAACUGCUCCCUUUCUUCAACACAGAUAUAUUUUUCUUUAUUUUCCUACCCUAAACUGCUCCCUUUCUUCAACACAGAUAUAUUUUUCUUUAUUUUCCUACCCUAAACUGCUCCCUUUCUUCAACACAGAUAUAUUUUUCUUUAUUUUCCUACCCUAAACUGCUCCCUUUCUUCAACACAGAUAUAUUUUUCUUUAUUUUCCUACCCUAAACUGCUCCCUUUCUUCAACACAGAUAUAUUUUUCUUUAUUUUCCUACCCUAAACUGCUCCCUUUCUUCAACACAGAUAUAUUUUUCUUUAUUUUCCUACCCUAAACUGCUCCCUUUCUUCAACACAGAUAUAUUUUUCUUUAUUUUCCUACCCUAAACUGCUCCCUUUCUUCAACACAGAUAUAUUUUUCUUUAUUUUCCUAUCCUAAUGAUCUUUCCUAUCUUCAUAUUUUUGCACGUCGCUCGCGUACCGCAUGGUCCUACGGUGAAGUUCCAGGUGCUCAACGUGCAUACUAGUGGUGAGGUUCGGCUAAGCGGCAACUGUUUGCAGUUUUCCCGCGCUUUGCUCACCUUCGAUGCUCCUUUCGAUACAGUGCCGCACCUCCAGUUGAUCAAGGAGCUGUUCACGCAGAGUCUAGGCGCACCGCGCAAUCACCCCAAGUCGAAACCGUUUCAUGACCACGCCUUGAGCUUUUUCUAUGCAGACAAGAAAAUCUGGGUCCGGCACUACCAGAUCGCGCCACUCACUGACGCAGACGGGAACGAUCCGGAGAAGCAGACUCUGACGGAAAUCGGACCGCGCUUCGUCUUAGACCCCAUCUGGAUCUUGCAGGGAUCGUUCAUUAUGAUUUAGUUUGUUCUUUCAUUUAGUACAGAUGUAUUUAUAGUAAUGCAGUCAGGCAGGUUUCUUUUUUGGAGAACUCGCCCGCGGUACAAGAGAAAAAUCCUUCGCGAAACGAAUUGAAUUGCCUUUGAUUGAUCCACUUAUUUAGAAUAGAUUGGUUGAUACAAUCAAAGUUGACCGUGACAUCUCAUUUCGUAGCAUCCCAAAUAAUACACGCACACGUAGUAUUUUCAUCUACGCAAAAUUUUAAUAACCUGCUUCUGCAGCUUGCUUUCUCCUUCCUGUACAAGGCUCCUAUGUUUCCUCCCUCUAAUCUCCGCGGCAAGAAGAUCUUCCACAAUGAGGCGUUUAUGACACCGACCGCUGCACGACGGGAGGCUAAGCAGUCUCUAGGCGUCCAGGCUAAGCUCAGAGCCGAACAGACGGAGCAAACGAAGCAAAUGCAUCAAAUGCUUAAAAGGUCAGCAGAUCCAACGGACGCUAUCUUUGAGGACAUGGAAUAAGGAGAUCAAGAUCAAGAUCAUUAUAACUGGCGAGGUCGGAUGUUUUAUCUGGAUCUUCUAUUUGAGGCAAAACCUCCUGCGAUAGAAUUUAAGAAAAGCAGCAUUAAUAUAAGGAAGUAGAUGAACAAUGGGGGACCACCAAAAAGAAGGUUGAAGACAACACACAAGAUGAAGAUUGUCUCUUCGUCGGACAGGUGCUUUUUAACUUCUACGUUCAUCACGACACGGGACGAGAAUCUGGGCGACAGCACUUUGCUGUUAGACAUUACCUUGAAUCUACAACGAGAAGCUGUUGCAACGAACUGCAAGAUGAAGAUUCAUUGAUUUACACGGUCGCAAACCCGUACCUAUGCAUUUAUUACCAUGUACCAGAAUGAGAAUGACCUACAAACGAGGUCUUUGAUGACCAUCUUUUAAAGAGGUCCACCUUGGAGAUCAGGCCCAC